GGAAGAGGAGGAGAGAAGGCUAGGUGGGGGGAAGCUAUAGAUAUAGAUAGCUUUAAUUCGAUUAAUGUUUAAUACUUUUUAACGAGUGUUUCCCACCCCCUAUGUUUUUAACUUUUGCUAUUUUAUCUGUCAGGAGGAAAGAAGGAUUAUAAAUAAAUAUAUAACAAUUAUUUAUUUUUUGUAUAUAUAUUAUUUAUUAUACACACGCACAAACAUUCACGCGCACAAACAUAUACUGUAAGUGGAAAUAGUUGCUUUGCCAUUUGCAGGUUUUUAGACGCCCCCCCCCCCCGAGAGAGCAACUUGCUCCCAGCCAUCCGCCAUGCAUAAACUGGACCAACGCGGAGACCUCGCCGAGGAUGCUGCCCUCCAGCGAAGGCGCUACAGGGAGCUGCAGAGGCAAAGCCGGGUGUUCGACGCCAGGGUCAGGACCAUCGGGGUUGACACAGAAGCUUUGGACGCUCAAAUCAAGGACAGAAAGAUCCGAGAAGCAACUCAGAGGGCAUAUGAGGACACCAUUGCUGCUGAAAUGAAACAAAAUGACAAAAUCCUCUGCAUCUUAGACGAACGACAGAAAAGAGACUCUCAAAUUCUAAACAAAGCCGUCAAUGAAUUUCGCCAAAAUUAUCAGCGGCCAGAAACACGGCGUGAAUUUGAUUUGUCGGACCCGCAAGCCCUAAAGAAAGAUACUCCAGCCCGUCUCGCAGACAGUGACCCUCGAUGUACCAUAUCUGGCCUGCAGAAGUUUAUGGGAGAAGAUUUGAACAGUGAGAAUAGGUGGAAAUUCCAGAAGGAACAAACAAGGGAAUGGCUUUUGCAACAACAAAAAGAUUGGGAGAACGCACUGGCAGCUAAAAAAUAUGCAGAUGAUCUCCAUGACCAACACAGAAUGGAACUUGAUCAAAAGGCUCUGAACCUUCAAAGAAUAGAUGAAGAAACAAGACGGGCCAUUUGCAUCACUACUACAGAAUUUAACAAAGCUCUGGCUGCUGACGUUGCAUCAAGAAAACAACUUGAAAAGGAGCAAGAAGACAAAGAUAACAUGGCUGAGAUUUCAAAUCUGCUUAGAGGAGACCUGCUCUCUGAAAACCCACAGCAAGCUGCCAGUUCCUUUGGUAAAGGUCGAGUGAUUCCUAACCGAUGGAAAGGAAUGAACCAAGAUCAGCUGAAAGAAAUACGUGAUGUUCAGCUGCAACAAGUUCUGGAGAAGCUGAGGUUGGAUGAAGAAGAACGUCAAAGAAAUGCGGAGUGGGACAGAAAGCGCAUUCAGGAAGCUAGGGCUGAAGUGCUUUUCGAACGGCAUCAACAGCGUCAGAAUCGAGAGCUUCGGAGAACAUUAGAUAAUCUUAAUGCACAGCUCUCCCAGGAACAGAAGACAAGGCAAGCAUAUAUUGAUGAAGAGGUGUGUUCAAAUUUUCCUUCUGGCCAGUAUUACACACAAUUUAACACCACUAGCCGGUGAUGUUUGGAUCAAUAUUAUCAAGUCGGAUAUAUCCAAAAUGUUUGCAGAAGUAUUUGUUUCAACUUCAAAACUGUAAUAAAGAAAACAACAUUCAUAUGUUUUUUACCUGACAUACGGAUAUUAUGAAACCAAACCUUUAUAAUGAGCAAGAGGAUGGUGGAUUCUAAAAGGAAAUAUUAAUGCAGAAAUAAAAAAUGUACAGUGAAGUAAUAGACAUUAUAAUAGAACAUUUGAAGUUCUUAGUAAAAGUUGUUGAUACUGCUAUAAUGCUUUUGUUUUGUUUUUAUGAAAUGACAUUCAAUUUCAUUGUACUAUGUACAAUGACAAUAAAGUAUCUGUCUAUCUAUCUAUCUAUCUAUCUAUCUAUCUAUCUAUCUAUCUAUCUACUAGAAGAAUUUAUAGGAGAAUUUUGUAGCCCCACCUUUCAUCGAAUGAUUCCAGUGUCAGUUUCAUUCAAUCUAAUGCUGCACAAUUCAUAAAAUCAAAUACAAAUUGAGCAAAAAUUUUGGAAACAGUAAAUAAAAUGAAUUGCAUAACAAUUGUUCUGUGCACAAACAUAUCCGUAUAAGAAUGUUUCUAGAUAUUCCUAUGUUGCAUUCUGCACUGUAUCAUAUGGUAUCACUUACCCCAUAUAAUGACACCAUCACUUGUGCAUUUCUCCACCUCCAUUCCAAACCACUGGUUUCCACUGGCAGGAGUGGAUAAGCAAUAUGUUAUGGAGGAAAACUUGAACAUAGGCAUUCCCAUCUCAUUUGUGACAUCCAACCCUGUGCAUAAAGAUUCAUUGAAUGACCAGAAAACUCCACUAGAAGGAAACACAUAGUGGGUGUAACAGAUUUUCCCUCUCCCUAUUGCCUCCAUCCCCAAUAACCCAAAAAUCUGCUCUGGAGAUUUGGUGAUCUUCUGGAGCAGAUGUGGACAGAGGGGUCCAUCAGGGUUGGAGAGGAAGAGGAAGAAGUCAGCUCACUUGACAUUAGAUGUUAUCCAGAAUAUCCAUCUCAACUAGGAAACGUUUGUCCAAAAUUUGUCUUCAUGAUCUCUUUUCAGACUUUCACAUGGAAUUUUCUGCAUAAACAUCCAUAAGCUUUCUGGAAACUUACCGAACUCUGUCAUGCUCAGUUUGACUUAGAUACUAUUUUAUAUAUGUCUUGGGGAAGUACUGUGCCCUAUUGCUUAUUUGGGUUGAAUGUGUUUUUGUGUGUUUGUGUCUUCUUGAACCAUUUUUACUUUUGAGUCAUUUUGUAGAAUUUAAAAAUAAAUGAAUGAGUUCUGAGAAGCACUGAGAAUUUAACCAUCAGCGGGAGAACUUUGGCAGUUACUCAGAAAUCCAACCCAAUUCAGUCUUCACUAGUCUUGCAUCUUUUAUAUAUGUCUCUGUCCCUUAAAUUUGGGGAGAAUUUACCCACAGCCAAAAGACAUACGGUACUUGAGUUAUUAUUUUCUUUUUUUCUAUCAACAGUUCCUCUACUAAAGCAAAAAAAAUGCUUGAUAAGCUUACCCCCAGCUUGAAUACCAUUUGGGGGAAUGAGACAAGGUAGCUAGUAGAGAGCGUCUCCCUCAUCUGCACCAACAGAGCAGUAAGUGGACAUGCCUGGUCUACAAAUACAGAGGAACGGGGGGGGGGCAUUUUUCUUGGAGUGUCCUGCACCACUUCAGAUGGCAGGUGAAGUGGGAAUCACAGUUCUGAAUGCUGCUCCUCUACACGGAAAACAACCAAAGAACCCAAAUAUCUCCCUGAAACCAAGAAACUGAAAGGGCGGGGGGUGGCUUGCUUAGAACUUGUCUCUUGAGAUGUGAAAAGUUUUGUUUGCAGGGAGCUUUUUAUGUGGGGAAGCAUUCAGAAAUGACAUUUCCUACCUUCAGUAUGCAGGUGGCGCUGUGGGUUAAACCACAGAGCCUAGGGCUUGCUGAUCAGAAGGUCGGCGGUUCGAAUCCCUGCGACGGGGUGAGCUCCCGUUGCUUAGUCCCAGCUCCUGCCAACCUAGCAGUUCGAAAGCACGUCAAAGUGCAGGUAGAUAAAUGGGAAGGUAAACAGUGGGAAGGUAAACGGCGUUUCUGUGUGAUGCUCUGGUUUGCCAGAAGCAGCUUUGUCAUGCUGGCCACAUGACCCGGAAGCUGUACACCGGCUCCCUCGGCCAAUAAUGCGAGAUGAGCGCGCAACCCCAGAGUCGGUCAUGACUGGACCUAAUGGUCAGGGGUCCCUUUACCUUUACCUUUACCUUCAGUAUGCAUCAGUAUUUUCAUCUUUAUUACCCCAUUCUGCUCCAUGUAUACACCAAGUCACAGUCUCUCAAAGCUAUAUGAUGGCGUUGCACAAGAUUCAGAGAUACAUUUCAAUGCUGUGGGAAGGAAGUCGGCAAAUAUGACUCAUCAAAUUUUGGUUUGCAUUUGUAUUUUGGGGUUCUUCAGUCAGUGUUCUUGCUGACAAAGAGAAGGUUGGAUGCAUAGAUAAGAACAAAGAGGCAAACAAAUAUAGCAAAAAGGAGCAGGUAUGUUAUCAGCAGAAUAUAUAAGCAAUUUACAAUGACAAUGUCCCGUGGUGGCAUCGUACACUUUGUAGGGCACAAUACUUAGAUAAUGUUACUGGUGUCUUCACUCUACAAAACAAAACAAAACAAAUGCAUUUAUUAAUCUUGUGGAAAAGGAACAAAGAGAAGUUUGAGUUCGGAGGACAAAAAUGGAAAGUUGAGUUUUGUAGUCUAAGCUAGCAGCAAUUUUGUGGGGGUGUCUGCCUCUCUCUGGGGAUCAAAUAUGAAGUAGUAGAGCUUUCUGUUGCAGUUUCUAAACUGAGUGCCUCUAUCAAAACUCAACCUGUAUAUUUGUAAAUAAAUUCAGAUUACAAAAUACCAGGAGUGAUUUUCUCAACAAAAUCAAGCACAGGCAAGUGUGGCAAUCCUGAACUUCUCACUCACAACAGAAGUCAGAGCAAAUGUACAAUAACCUCACAUCACAAAAGUUUUUCAUUUAAAUAUAUGGUAUUACGCUUACCAAAUUCAUUUAUUCAAAAGCAAAAACAUUUUCAUCCUUUUCCUCAUUCCCUAACAAAUGAUAGUUUUCCUGUUAUACAUAGAAUCAUAGAAUGGUAGAGCUGGACGGGAUCAUGAGGGUCAUCUAGUCCAACCCCCUGCAAUGCAGGAAUCUUGCCCAAUGUGGAGCUCGAGCUCACAACCCUUAGAUUAAGAGUUUCAUGCUCUACUUUUUAGUAAAUAGUUGGUAUUUCUUCAUGUAUGUUAGUAGAUUUCCUUUCAAUUAAAAAAACUGGUUCCAGAAAUAAAACGUACACUUAUUCUAUCAUUUGUGGCACAAUUGUAUGCAUAUUUGGCUUCUUUUAAAAGCUAGAACACCUAUUUGAGCAUAUUUUCACAGGAGUAAUAGAAAAUAUUCUCUACUCCUGAACUACAAGUGAUAAAUUAAAAUGUGGAAUCACCUGAAAUAUAGAACUUCUGAAUCUGCCUUAUAAUGGGUGAAGCCAUUUGGCUGCAGUUCUCCCAAGGUCUUUCCUAGCUCUGCUACCCGAAAUAAUCUUUUGAACAGGAGAUGCUUGGAAUCAAAUCUGACAUAUUUUGCAUGUGAGGUUUGUUAUAGUAAUUGGCCAUUUUAUCAGUGCCUCAGCAUUGUGACUUACCUUAUGCUGUUCACUGGAAAA